AUGAAUACUAUAUUAUUUAAAAGAAAAUUAUGUGCUUUAUAUGAGAUCAUUAGAGAGUAGAAAUAAUAGACAUACUUAAAUCCAGAAUUCAUUUGGCUAAUGUACACUGGAGCUAGAUUUGGUCUCAUUCUUAGAGAGGAUAAGUUUAAUUACAAAGAGUAUCAAGUAUUUUUCAAAUUUAUUUUUAGGACGAAGAAUUGAUCCUUGUUAAAAAUUUUAUCAAUUGGUUCAAUCUUAUAACCCCAAUUAGUUAAAUUUAAUUAUCAAAUUUUUAAAGUUUAAUUGUUCUUUUUAUUGCUGCUUUUCAUAUAAUACCUAUCUUGAUAAUUUUAUUUGGAAGUAAAUAAUCUAACAUCUUAAAACAAUUUCUAAACUUAUAUUUCACCUAUUUUCAAAUUUUGAUACUAUAUCCCUCAAUCAUACAUAUGCAUUAUCUCUAAUAUCAAAAACCAAAUCCAAUUUUAUAUUGGCCUUGUACAACAUUGAUAUUCGUUAAUUAUCUAAUAUUUUCUUACUUUCAACGAAAUUAUUUAUUGCCAAUACAAAAUCCAUUCAUGAAAAGAUACAAAAUCAAAAAUUAUAUACAAAAUUUGAUUGAAAUCCUUGUACUCAUAAAUAUACCAUAUUUUGAGGAAAUAAUCCAGUCAAUGAUUUUAAUGAUCUUAUUUUUAAUUUAAUUAAUAGAUGCAAUCUUUAAUCAGCCCUAUUUAAUGGAUAUAAAUAUUGAUUAUUGCUUCUGUACUUCAAUUUUGCUAUUUGGCUCUGGAAUUAAAAGUCUAAGCUUAUAUAUGAAUUAGAAAUAAUACGUUUAUUAUAGUUUAAUGUUGAUCCCUCUUCUAAGUUUAUUUAUGAAAAGGGUUUUAAUACUAACUUAUGAUGCUAAUAUAGAAUAAAGUCAGCUCUCCAAAAAUUUAUUAUUUCAGAUUGCAGAUGAAUUCUAUUGCAGAAAUCCCUUAAUAUAAAGUAAGAUUUUGUUUAUUCUUAAAAAUAAACAUAAAAUAAUGGAAAAUAAGUAACCAACAUAACAUUAAUAAAAUAAUUAUAUAUUAAUACUCCUUUUAAGAUUAAAUGAUUAAUAUUGGUAAUAGAAAAAAUCUAUUGAUGAAGAAUUACAACUAUAUAAAUUAUUUUUUUUAUUUUAAACACAAGAAAAAUUGAAUUUGGCAUAUAUAGAGAUGAAAAAAUAUAAAAUUUCUUCAUCAACUUAAUCGUUAUAUUUUUAAAUUUGUGAAACCUAUUGUUCUAAAUAAAUAAUACAAAAAAUAAAUUAAAAUUCAAAAUUUCUUUAAGGAAAAUUAGAAAUAUAGUAGAUAAAAUAAAGUCAUAUUUUGAUUGAGAGAUGCAUACCUUUAAUAAUUGAAGUUCUUGAUUUGAAGAAUAAAUUUUGGGAAUAAUUAUUAAAAGGAUAUGAUAAAUUAGAAUAAUUAGCUCUUAAAUGCAUAAAAAUUAGUGAUAAAAUAUAAAAUUUGAAAAAUCUUGUUUUUGUAGAUUUGGGAAUAGAUAUUUUUUUAAUAAAUAAGCAAAUAAUGAAAUUGAACAUUCUUGAUUUACGCUUAUUAUCAUUAGUUUUUGGAUCUAUAUUAAAUGAUUAUUAUAUAACAUUUGAUAUUGAAUAAAGAAUUGAUGAUUUGUUAAGCUAAGAAAGUAAUGUUUUAUCUCGAAAUGUUUAGAAUAUAUCUUUAUUAAAUGAUGAUGUUAUCAUAAUUUCAAUAAGCAUGAUGAAAAAUUAAGGUUAGAUUUUAAAUAAGAAUAAAACAAAUAUUUUGAAAUACUUCAAAUUUCCAAAUGAUAUAUCUUUUUAAUCUAUUUGUUAAUUAAAUUAAUUAAUACCAGAAUAUUUGGUUGAUGAACAUGAUAAAUUCUUAAAUAAAUUUCUUAAUACAGGAGAAUCAGAUUUAUUUAAUACCAGUCAUGAUGUUUUUCCAAAUUAUUACACUGGAUUUUCAUUUUUAGUAACAUUAUAAUUAUUUCCUUCUUAUGAAGAGAUGGAUGAUUAUGUCUUAUCAGCGAUUCUUAAAAAGAAUUUUGAACAUAGUGAUUUUAUUAUAUUUGAUUAAUCUGGAAGAAUAUUAGGAUUGUCAGAAUAUGUGCUUGAACUUUUAAUUUAAGAUGAUUCUUAAUAAUUUAAUAAGGCUAUUUUAAAUUCUUAUAUUUAUUUUUGGUUCAAAGAUUUAUUAGUGAUUAUCAAUUAAUAAAUUGAAUCAAUGACAAAUUAUUCUUAAUAAUUAACAUUGUUUAGUUAAACAACAUCAAUCUAGCAAAUUACUAAUCUUUCUGAAUUAAUAAAAUUUCAUGAUUAAUAUUAUAAAAAAUAUGUUUAUUUAGAAUUUAAUUCAUAAAAAACAGAAUAGGAUUAAAAAAAAGGAAAUUAAUAAUCAAUAAAACCAUCAUGUUUUGAAAUAGACUAUGUAAUUUAAAUGUUUGAUUUUGUAAAUUAACAUAUUUAAAAAUUUACUUAAAAUAAAAAUGGAUUUUAAGUAGGAUUUAAUAUUCAAUUUUAAAAAUUAUAAGGAGUACAUCCAUUAUUUAUUUUAUAAAUUACUGAAUUUACAUAAAAGGAAUUGAAAUUCAUUAAUCCAAAAAGUAUUGGAACAAUCAGUGCUUAUAGUUCUAUCAGUAAAAUAAAAUCAUAGUUAAAAUAAAGUGAUUUAAAUUCUUUGAGUGAUUUUGAUAUGGAUGAAUUACAUUAAGACUUUUUUAUCAAUUAAACAAUCAUAAAUAAAUUAGUAUUAAGAUAAGAAUAGAAAGAAAUUUAGGAUGUAAUUUAAAAUGUGGAAGAGACAAAAAAUAUAAAAGUUAUGAUUGAUAAAGAAAAUAAAGAAAGUAAUUUAAUAUCUCCAAGAUCAAAUCGAGAAAUCUAAUUGUAAAAAGGAUUAAUUGAAGAUGACUCUGAAGAAAUUUAAGGAAACGAAUCUAAAUUUAUUAAGAGUAGUUCAUAAAGAGAGAAUAUAGAACUAGAUGAAUUUAAAAAUCAGUAAAUUGAAUUUCAAUUAGAAAAAUAGUCAAGAUCUAGUGCAACAUCAAACAAUACUUAGAAUUCAAUCCAUCACUUAAUUAGAAAACUCUAAUAUAAAAUUAAAUUUUAAAGAGGUAUAGUUAAAGCUAUUAUUAAUACUAUUUUUCUAUCGAUCUUUCUAAUUAUAUUGAUUAGUAUAGAAUUAUCAGUUGAAAAGAAUAAUAUGGAUGAAUUAAAAUUUAGUAUUCCAUUAGUUAGAUUACCAUAGCGAUUUAAUAGAUUAUAUUGCACAUUUAUAGCGAUAGGCUAAUUACAAUUAUAAAAUAAAUUAUUAAAUUAAUCCUAUGGCUAAUAUUAUGAUUAUCGUAUUAAAAAUGAGAGUAUAUAAAAAAGAAGUGAAAUUUCAGACUUAAUGUUAGAUAUCAAGAAUUAAUUCUCUUAAAUGUAAUAAAAUAAUCAAGUACCUCCUAUGUCAAUUAGAAUACUUAAUGAAUAUAUUUUUUUAUAAGAAAAUUCAACAAUGCUUCAAUUUGAUAAUUUGGUUAAUGAAUUCACUUUUUAGAUUAAUGAAUAUCUUUAAAUUAAAAACUAAACCUAACAAGAAAGUUUUAAAAUCAUAGCUUUAUUAGAAUUUCUAAAGGGAAAUCUUAUUGCUUAAGUAAACAUAACUAUAAAUAUUGUAAAUCAAAUUGAACAAGAUUUUUUUGAUUUGAUUGAAUUUUCUUAAAUUGAAUAAUUAAUUUUUUUAACUGUGAUGUUAUGGGUAAUAAUUAUUUUUCUUAUACUUCAAUUAAAUCAUUGGUAAUAACCCUAUAAAUAUAUGUAAGUAAUAUUAUUGUUGAUUAGUAAGAUAUCAGAAAAAGAUAUUGAAUUAACAAUUUCUAAAACUUUAUACUUAAUUGAAAGAAUUGUUAAUAACCCUCAGAAUAUAAAAAAUAUUAAUUAUUUUAAAGAUUGUUUUUUAAUAAACUAAAAAUUAUUUUUAACUUUUUAGAGUGCAAGAAUAUCAGAAAUGCAUAAGAGUAAUUAAAGUGGAAAAAUUGUCUAAUAAAAACCAAAGAAAUCAUCUAGAAUUUAAGAAACCUCCUUAUCUAUUUUGAACAUUAAAAUAAUUUUAUUGUUUUUUUGGUUAAUUUUAUCUGGUUUAACUGUAUCUGCUUAUAUUAUAAUGAAUAAAAAUAUAAAAGAUAGUCAACCAGAGUUAAGAUUAACUAUGGAAUUUGUAAAAUUUAAAUAAAAUCUUGAUGGAAUUAUGAUAAUUUGUUAUUUGUUAAAAAGUUAAUAAAGUCUAAUUGAAUAAACUCUAUAAGUGUUUUCUUAAAAUUCAGAAUUGAGAACUGAAGAUAGAUAUUUUUCAACCUAAUAUUAAGAAUUACUUGAAGUGUUCAAUCCUUUACUAAUUGAAAUGGAUGGAAUAUAUUCAAAUAUUUAUAAUGAUGUUGUUGAAUCAUCAAAAAUUAAUGAUUAUAACAAAAAUCGUUUAUUAAAUCUUUUUGAAAAAGAUUUAUGUGAAAUUAUUCCUAGCAUUCUUCCAUUCUGUGCUUAUGAAAAUGGAACUUUUCAAUAUUUUCCAACAUAUCCUUCCGCUGAAUCAUAAUUGAAUAAUAAUUAAAUUUACAAGUAUGGUAUUAAUGGAAUCUACCAAUAGUAACAUAUUAAAUUAUCUUUAGAAUCAUUUCCAUAUUUAAUAUUUAUUACAUACUAGAAAAAAAUGGAAUUAAAGACACAAAUCUAACAAACACUAAUUUAUUUUUAGAAAGCACUGAAUUUAUCCAAAUUAUACUUCCUUAUUUUUUUGACUUAAGUUAUGCAAUACUUGAAUUCUAUUAUACCAUGAUUUACUCAUCAUUGGAUAUCUUACAAAAUGAUUAUUAGAUGAUUUUAUAGUUUUAUGUAUCCACAGGAAUUGGUUGUCUGAUAAUUUUAUACAUUGUUUGUUUAAUAAGAUCAUUUACACUACAGAGAAAGGUUCAAUUAAUACUUUAAUCAAUUAUUCUUAUUCCUUACGAAUCUUUAUAGGAUUAAUCUAUUCUAAUGUCACUUAAAAAGAUUGAUAGAAGUCUAUGA